CUUGUGGCCUCCGGGCUGGAGACGGACGAGCGGGGAACCGGGAACGCGCAAAGCACAGACCGCUGUGCCAGAAUAAGGUGUUGGGGUAUGAGGGUGGGUGGGGGCCUGAGGGGUGGCUUGGAGCCCUGGCGGUGGCUGUCUGACGUCACCGGCCUCUCUGGCAAUAGGCUGGGAGCUGAGCUCCCUGAAGCAGCGGCGAAGGCAGCGGCGGCGGCAGCGCGCCUUGCUCUCUGGCCCCUUCACUCGGCGCCUUCUGCAGCCGCCACUGCAGCCGCGCGGCGGGGGCUCCCUCCCUGCAGCCCGCUGGCGGCUCCAGCCCUGUGCCUCUGCGAAGGAGAGGGGCUCCUGGAGACUGGCUCGAGGCGACACCGGAGAAGAUCUCCCCACCCUGGCAGUGUCUUCCUCGGUCCUCGGCUCGCGUGCGCACGCCCUCCCGCGCAGGGAGUAGUUUUGGGUGGCGUGGGCUCGGUCCUCUUCCUGGCUGGUGGGAACGGUGUGUCCAAGAGAGGAAGCCUGGUGGGCCCGGCCCCUCCCAGCCCAGCGCCGAUGAGUGCCCGGGCACCGAAGGAGCUGAGGCUGGCGCUGCCGCCGUGUCUCCUCAAUCGGACCUUUGCUUCCCCCAACGACAGCGGCAGCGGCAGCACGGGCGCCCGCAGCGCCGGCGCCGGCGGUGGAGGAGGCGGCACCUGCAUCACGCAGGUGGGACAGCAGCUCUUCCAGUCCUUCUCCUCUACGCUGGUGCUGAUUGUCCUCGUCACCCUCAUCUUCUGCCUCAUCGUGCUGUCCCUGUCCACCUUCCACAUCCACAAGCGUCGGAUGAAGAAGAGAAAGAUGCAGAGGGCUCAGGAGGAAUACGAGAGGGAUCAUUGCAGCGGCAGCCGCGGCGGAGGGGGGCUGCCCCGGGCUGGUAGUCAGGGCCCGACUCAAGGAAAAGAGACCCGGCUGGAGAGGCAGCCCAAGGACUCCGCCUUCAGCGCCCCCUCCAACACCACUUCCUCCUCCUCCUCCUCCUCCUCCUCUUCGUCCCCUGGCCUUCCUCGCCAGGGUCCCUGUGCUCCUCCGCCUCCGCCGCCAGCCCCCAGUCCGCAAGGGGCGCACGCAACCUCCUCUUCUUUGGACACAGCUGGCGAGGGCCUUUUGCAAACGGUGGUACUGUCCUGAUCGUGCAGCCCCUCUCCUCACCCCUGCCGCAUUUCCAGCAUCUUCGCCAUCCUUGCUCUUCUUCCUCCUCCCUUCCUUUUCCAGUUCCCUCUGGCCUUUCUUUCCUCUUUCUCCUUUCCUCACCCCACUACCCGGUUUCUCCUCCGCCGAGGCACUGUGCGGUAUUUGUAAAUAUUGGGCAAGGAAAGUCUCGGAAGAAGAAAUAGUGCUGAUAAUACUUUAUUAAUAUUUAUAGUAAUUAUUAUGAUACUAAUAACACAAUCCAAGCGCAUGACAAAUCACAUAUUUUCUCAUUGUCAAUGAAGGAUGCAUCUUCCCUCUUCACCAUAUAUCCCCCUCAGUACGGAGGAGAAACUGCACAAGCGACCAAAUAUAUAAAAGGCUUUGAAACCUGGAGCGAAAGGAAGGGAGGGGGCCCGGUAAUGUUGUAUAUAGCUGUCAAGUUAAGGUAACUUUCCUUCCCUCCUGCCGUCCGCCCCCAGCUGUCACUUUUCCUUUAGCUUCUCUCUCCUCCCCGUUUCUCACUCUCAGCCGGGCUCAAGCAUAUUAUAUUAUAAAGAAAAUUCUACACUAAGCACCAGGACUACAAAAGGCCACAGAGAAAGUCCCAGAAAAACGUUUAGGACAGGGACGGGUACCCCUCUCCAGGCAGCCAUCUUCUCAUUCCUUGGUUAACCAUUACUUUUUCCAGGACUGAGCAUUUUAGUUUAGUAAAUGUCUCUCGCUGGCCGAGCAUAAUAAAUACAUUCAAAUCUAUAAAUGAGUAAACAAAGAAAAACGAAACAAAAAUCUACUGCUUUCCGCUCCCAGCCCAACCCACUUAUACACCUUUUGACUUGUGGCAUUUUCAGGAGAGGAUCCGGGAGCUGUCCUGCAAGUUCUGGUGCUGAAAUCGCCUCACAGUAAUGGUUACUUCCUCUGAUCGUGAUAGCAGAGAAGGGGCUGUUUUGGAAAGUGACUAUACUGGCUUUCAGUUGGGUUUUUUUUUUUUCUUCUUCUUUUUCUACAGUCAGAUUAGCGUGUACUGUUGGUUUUCUUACUAUUAAAUGUUGCAUAAGUUACCUUUUUUGUAAAAAAACAAAGUUCCUAGGUGAUGUGCAGUACUGAAAGUGCAGUAUCUAACCAACCAGAAUGUUUGUGUUAUUUUUAGAAUGAAUGCACCUUUGUUAUAUACUUACUAUAUUGGUACCAAAUACAGGAGAAAACUAUAGUUCUGUACUAAGUCCUCCAAACUGUAUAUUCUUAUUCUUACUUUCCAGCUGUUGAUAUAAUGGUUACCACUGGGUGAGGAACUCAGUGGUGCAGGCCUGGCUUCUGCUGUUUCCAGAAGUGUUCUUUUGUACCUUACUCUGUAGUAGACUGUUAUAAAAAGAUAACACAUAUGUUUUCCUUCUUCUUUUGCGAAUAACAGAACAACCGCCACAACAGAAGACAAACAAAUAAUGGAUGUGCAGGAAUGCCAUCUAUUAAAAUAUGAUUAAUAUUUAAACAGUGACUGUAGUUCUCCCUGCAUGCAGUUAAGUUCCAUCUGGAGGCAGUGGUGUGCGAGCUUGCUUGUACUGUAUGUGUUUGGGGGCAAAACUGGUGGGGUGCGGGGCAAUUUGGAUGACAGGACAUGCAAAUUUCAAGAGAAUGACAUCCGCAAAAACUUAUGGGGUAAAAAUGUUUACACCUUGUGUCUGAGAUACAGCAAAGGUGGGCCUUCCUUUAUUAGUCUGGCUAGGCUAAUUUCACUGAAUACAUAAAAAAAAUUGCUGAGGAGAAUAUUUUGUUCUGUCUCCUAAUGCCAGACCAGCCCAUCUCUUUUAGAAAUGGAGUCUGCCUAUCAUUAUUUACCACUUUGUUUCCCUUGGAUGGCUGGCAGAAGGGGCCAGAAGCAUAUUAAAACCUCAAGUAGAUGCAGUGGCAUCCUUUCUUGGGAACUAACUCUUUGACAGCUACUGAAGUUAUCUGUAAAAUGUAUGAAUGAGAAUGAUUUACAAAAAGCUUCAUCAAAAAGAGUGCUUACUAUGCUGCUGGGUGCAAGGCAACAGUGUCCCUAAAGUGUAUCCCUCUAAGUAACUAGUAGCUAGUUGUUCUAGAUUCUCUGUCUUGGUUCCGGGCAUACAUGUUCUUGGCCAGAGAAAAUAUUAACUGUGCUGUUUUUCGUCUAUUAAAUUGCCCAAGUUCAGUCUACAUCUUUUAUAAGGCUAAUUUAAUAAGCUUAAUUUUACACCUAUCAGAUAGCUAUUCAUGUGCUUUCCUGAAGCACGGAUCAUCAUGUAAACAUCCUAUGUUGUAAUAUCAGGAAGACCAGGUAUAGUUUUUGGAUACAAAAUAUGAAACAAUGAACCAGAUUCUCUCCAGUGCCUUCAUCACUUCCUAAUAAGUAAAAGAGUGCAUUAACUCCCUCAAGACACUAGGGAGUCCAUUUGUGCAUUAGACCUCUACAUCGUACAUCCAGAAUGACUAAGGCACUGUGAAGAGGAGAGUUCAUUAAUUUUUGUAGCUCACCCACAUACAGCUGUAGCCCUUUAAUACUUAUUAUAAAAUGACUUUUGGAGCUGGGUGUAGAAUAGAAUCAAGAACCCCAAAGGGAGCAUCCUCAUUUCUAAUGAGCUCUACUAAGAUACAUGGAUAUUAUCCCCCCCUUUAUUUGGUACACUUUUUACAGUGAAUAAUUUCCCAUUUUAUUAAAGCAAUAACCUAUUCAGUUGUGAGCAGUAUUAGAUGAUGAUUCCAUUUUCUUGGUGCUGAAGCUAUUCAUGUGUUCUUGCCUUAUGAAUUAUAGUGCAUUUAAGGCAUGCAAUAAUAAUCCCUUUCCAAGGAACAGCCUGUAAACCCUGAAGGGUAAUGUCCUAUGUAGUUUUUUCCCAAAUGAAUAGAAGAAGCAAGAGAUUUAAAAGAAUAGUGUGUAUUGUUUAAAAAUCUUGAUACCUCUAACCGUGGACAUAUAUCUGUAAUAGACUGAUUUUUGUGCACCUUUAAAUGUGUAUGCCUUUCUCCAUUAAUUUAUUAUGGUUUAAUAUUUUAAUACUGUCCUCUGAGAAGGUGAUACAGUUUUUAAAUCAAAUUUCAUAUUGAGUUUAAUAUACUAAGAACCCUAGGCUUCUGGUGGUGUCACAUGUGACUUUAAUGAGGUAGAAAGAGAAUUACAUGAGAUACUAGUAAGACAGCCCUCACACUAAAUUGUUACAAUAAGCACAUAUCCAAGCAGUUUAUGUAAACUCUGUAUAAAAUACUGCUUCUUAUAGAGCUCAGUUGUCUGUCCCAGGAGUUUGGGAUGCUUCCAGUGGGAAAUUUUGGUCUUCAUUUAUAUGAAACAAAAGGCACUCUGGAAAUAGCUAAAUUUAAGGAUUUUAUUCACUGAUGUCCAAUCAAACUAAUUGCUUCAAACCCCUAUAGCUGUAGCUCAGCUUCUGCUCUUGCUAUUCAGUAUUAAUAAGGUGGCAUGCUUGAUUCCUAUUGUUUUUAAAAAUGAGAAAAUUGGAGAGAGAAUGCCAUUAUGUCAACUGUAUGGGACUCUGAAUCUUAAAGAUGUAGAUGAAUAUAAUCUUUAGAAUUUAUAUACACCCAUAGAUAUGUAUUUAUAUAUGCAUACAUUUUGUACAAAUUUACAAUGGACUUUUUGUAUUCUCUUUUCUGUCAUUACAAGAACGAGAUGGAAACCAAAUAGCUGUUCCAUUCUCUUAUCCAGAGAGGAUACUGAGAAGUCAGGUAUAUGCAUGCAAUUAUUUCUCUGAGGUCAAAUCUGAAUGACUUUUUCCUUAUUUAAUGAAAGGGGAGAGAGUCCUGGUUGGCUUUGGAAAUUGGUAAUUAGAUAAGCUUCCUUUCCUAUGCUAGUGACUCAAAUGUAGCAAUGAUAAUAAAGUUAUGACCAUAUCAAUGUAGUCCAACUAUCUAGAUGGAACACAACAAUAUCCAGAAGAGGGUUAGGGCCAUCUAAAUCACAAACUUGGACUGCAGUUCAAUUUUUCAUUUUAAACCUAUAUGUUGUGUAAGUACAGCUUAUAUCUGCAUAGCUAAAGGUAAAAUGAAAAUGUGACCAUUAAUUUUUUAGUCUGAUAAGUAAUUUUUGGAAGAUGUGGACAAAUUAUCUUUAAAAAUCUUCUUUGGCAUCUGACAUUUCCAUUUCUAUUUGUAUUUAUUGAAUUAAUUGGUAAUGGUUAAAAAGUUUAUUUUUCCAAUGUGCACACAUACCCUUUAAAUGGUUUGAUGUGGAUGACAGCUAAGCAAUUACUAGCUGAUAUUAUGUGAAAGUUAUGGACUAAAGUAGAACAAGAACUUUAAUAUAAUCUGGUUAGGCUCCUCAAAGUUAGUCAUAUGUGAAUCUGGAUUUUGAAUUUUAAUCUAAAAGCCACCUAUUCUAUUUUGGAACUGGUGAUUGUGGCUUACAGAUGCUUCAGUUCAUAGAAGGAUGAAUUUCCCUAUCUAUAUUAGGAUAUUUAAUCAUUGGGUUAAACAAAUCUAAUUCUGAUUUUUUUCAUUUAUUUGAUAAUAUUUGAGAAACAGCUUAUAUGGCUUGAUAUCAAUACUUAUCACUGUCACCAACCUAAUAAUGCAAUUGGUGCCAGGCAAAAAAUGCUUAUGUGAUAAUAUGAAUUUAAUUAGCUUUAAUUGGUGACAACAAUAUACAAAGUGAUCUUACCUGUUUGAGGCAGGGAUUUUCCCUGAAAUGUGUGAUUGCAUUGGGGUGUUUCUGUAGAGAGAUUAAUAACAACAGUGACAGCAACAGACUGAUUUUUGAACUUGGGUAUAUCCAACAGGUAGAAUAAAAUAGAUAUUAGAAUUCAUGAAAAUUUUGUUUUGCUUUUCUAUCAAUAAAAGAGUUUUCUUGUUAA